AAAAAUUCGCGGGCAUUCUGAUUCUUACAAAUUUUUUUUUACGUGUUUUUCCACGACCCUUUCGAAGUUUCGAUGAAAUCAUUCGCAAACGAUAAAAUAUUGAUAAGAAAGUUUUAUUUUUUUUUUUGACGAAAGCUUUGUUGUGACAGUUUUGCUUGUGCAACUUUAUUAUGACAAGCUAACGACUUGCUAAGGACAUGUUUCUGUGAUACACUUUCGCCUUUGCGUAAUUCAGAAGCCAGCAGAGUAAAAUGGAAAGCUCUGCAGACGAAAGCUACAUCGCAGCUUUGGAUAUUGGUACUACGUUUAUAAAAUGUCACGUUUAUUCAAAAACUCUGCAAAUUAUUGGAUCAGCCAGUUCUAAAAUCGAUGCUUUGUAUCGUAUCGGACGAGCCGAACAAAUCGACGCCGAAGUGUUAUGGAAAAGCAUAAUUCGUACUGCUCAAGAAUCAUUCAAAAUGUAAUUUUUACAGAUUCCAAUGUAUUAGCUAAGCAAAUCGCAUGUAUGGGUAUUUCAUGUCAGCGGAAUACCUUCAUCACAUGGGAUCGUGAUAGUUUGAGACCGUUCCAUAAUUUUAUUACAUGGAAGGAUAUGCGAAGCGAAUCUCUCGUGCAGAGUUGGAAUAAUUCCUUUUUCAUCAAAGUGAUCAAAUGGAUUUGUUAUUUCAUUUACUUAUUUACCGGGAACGAACGUUAUUUGGCUGCUAGUUUAUUGACAUUUGCUAAUGUUCAGGUAACAAUGAGAUUAUUAUGGCAAUUAGAAAACAACGAAGAAUUGAAAGAAGCUCUUAAAAAUGGAACUGUUAUGUUUGGUACACUUGAUACAUGGUUAAUGUAUCGUUUAACCAAGGGUAACGUUUACCAAACCGAUAUUUCUUGUGCUAGUGCUACAGGCUUAUACGAUCCUUUUCUAUCAAAAUGGGCCUCGUUUACAAAAAUGCUCAACAUACCAGUUACCUUAUUGCCAAAUGUUUGCGAUUCAGCCGGUUCACACUUAGGAUAUGUCUCGCCAGAAAUAUGGGGAUCGCCGAUAAGAAUUACUUGCUCGAUGGCUGAUCAAUCUGCUUCUUUUUACGGGUCUUGUUGUUUUUUCCCCGGUGAUGUCAAAUUGACGCUUGGAACUGGUGCAUUUUUAGAUAUUAACGUCGGAUCGACGCCUGUUGUUAGCAGGAAAGGGUUUUAUCCUCUUGUGAGUUGGAAGUAUAAAGGAGAAAAGGUUUAUGUUUUAGAAGGUGCCUGUCAUGAUUGCGGUACUGUGAUAAAUUGGGCUCAAUCCAUAGGAUUAUUUUCCGAUGUGAACGAACUAAAUGAAAUAGUCGCUAUGGAGUCAGAUACCGAUAAUGUAUUCUUCAUUCCAGCUUUUUCAGGCUUACAAAUACCUAUUAACGAUGCUUCCGCUACAUCCGGUUUUAUUGGAAUAAAACAAUCCACUAGUAAAAGCCAAAUGGUUCGAGCUGUCUUAGAAAGCAUAGUGUUUCAAAUAUACGACCUUUACUCUGUAUAUAAAUCCGAAUCCAAACUCCAUUCCAAAUCAUUCAUCAGAGUAGAUGGUGGUGUUUCCAAAAACGAUUUCAUUUGUCAAUCGAUCGCUGACAUGUGCGAAGUAUUCGUCAGAAGACCAAAUUCAGUAGAAAUGUCUGCCAGGGGAGUCGCUCACCUGGCCGGACUCGCUGCUGGUUUAUGUAAGGAUUACGAUGUAUUGAACGAAAUGGAAUCAUCUGACGUAGUAUUCGAACCUAAAAUAGGCAACAAACAGUAUCUUUUCAACCAGUUUGCUACUUGGAAAAAAGCUCAACGACGGUUUACCAAAUGGUACCAGAAAUAAAACCUUAGCUUAAUUUGUUAUUGUUGUUUUUUCUGUUCUAGUCAUAUACGCAUAUUUGCCUACUUUUUUUUUAUUAACGUGUGUUUGUUACCGAGUAUAUUAUUGUUAUAUUGUAUACUAUUAAAUAAUGUUGUUUGUAUGGUUUCGAACGAAUGUGAUAAAAUAUAUUAUAAAUAUACAUCGCAUCUUGUAGA